AUGAGCACGGCUAGAUUUAUCAAGUGUGUAACUGUGGGAGAUGGUGCGGUAGGGAAGACGUGUAUGCUCAUUUCCUACACUAGCAAUACUUUUCCAACGGACUAUGUCCCAACUGUAUUCGACAACUUUAGUGCAAAUGUGGUUGUAGAUGGCAGUACUGUGAACAUUGGCCUCUGGGAUACAGCGGGGCAAGAAGAUUAUAACAGGCUGAGGCCUUUGAGUUACAGAGGAGCUGAUGUAUUUCUAUUAGCUUUUUCUCUAAUCAGCAAAGCCAGCUAUGAGAAUAUUUACAAAAAGUGGAUACCUGAGUUAAGACACUACUCUCCAAAUGUACCAAUUGUACUUGUUGGAACCAAACUGGAUUUACGCGAUGACAAGCAAUACUUCAGCGAUCAUCCAGGGGCAACUCCUAUAACUAAUGCACAGGGCGAAGAAUUGAAGAAGAUGAUUGGUGCAGUUACCUAUAUUGAGUGCAGCGCCAAAACUCAGCAGAACGUGAAAGCUGUAUUUGACACUGCAAUAAAGAAUUUGGAAGAACGGAUUGAAGAAAAUCAGAAUACUCAGGAAAAGUGUGUUGCAGACUCAGGUAAUGACAAUCCGACAGAACUACCAAUAGCAGGUUUUCCUGAUCCUGCACCAAUUACUGGAGGUGCUGACCCACCAAAGGAAGAUGACGAACUGCAGAAUAGAAGGCGGCCUUUUACGUGGAUACAAAAGGCUCAUUCACUGGAUAACAAACUUUCAGAACUUGGAGACGGUGUGGUGACCAAAAAGAGACUUGCCACUGAACUUGGAAAUGUUUAUUAUACCUCACAUACUGAGCCUAACAAUGUCAUUGAGACACUUCGUGAUGAAUCCUAA